AUGAAGUUGAACCGGAACUCUAUUGUCAUGUGCGCGUGUAUAUUCAUACGCCUGCAUCUUGUUUCUAGUCAGACUUACGAUGAAGCAGUGACAGUCCUGCGAAACAAAACAUUUUUCUAUGAAAAGAGCAUAAGACCAGUUACAAACCAGUCGUCAACAUUGAUUGUACACAUUAACUUUGACCUAGUUUCUAUUCAAGACUUUGAUGAGGUCCAAGAGAGCCUAACCGUUAUUGGUGGUCUUACAUUAACCUGGACAGAUGACUUUAUCAAAUGGAAUCCUGCAGAUUAUGGCGGAAUGGUAGACAUUGUUUCAGAGAGUGGUAAAUUUUGGACGCCAUAUUUGAUCCUGACCAACAAUGUUAAUAAACUGGACAAAGUUGGCGAGUCUUGGCAAAGAAUCCGCUUCACCAACGAAGGUGUUGCUAAGGUUGUUCAAGCAGACACUUGGUCGACCUUAUGUAAAGCUGAUGUGAUGUACUAUCCAUGGGACGACCACUGGUGUGGAUUUGAAUUUGCCUCAGUUGCUUACAAGCCAGACGAAAUGACUUUGCAGCCUGGUUCAGACAAAAUUAGCACACAUUAUUACAUCGAAAGCGGAGCAUGGGAGUUAUUAGGGUCAGAUAUACAACACGAUUGGAGUAUCUCCAGAGAUUCCAAAGUGGAACGAGCUAUGCAUACAAGAGAUGAAGAAGAUGCUGAAUUUGGCAAUUUUCGUGUAUGCCUAUAUAGUUACUCGUCGGCAGCAGCAACAAGGGACGGAACAGGGCAGGAUAGAAGGGAGAGGAAGGAGAAGAAGAAAUGGAAGGCCUAG